UUGUACCGUGAUCACAACUGGCGUUCCUGUGGCAUUCGAGAUUGACUACAUCAAGUGUUCACUACGUCUUCAGCCUAUACUGAGGUAUGCCCAUAACGGGACAUCCCAGAAGCACACGCCUCAAGUAUACGGACCAUGAAACAACCGGCUACCCACAAGGCAGGUCCAACAAAGCUCCCACCACUACCACCAGGUCCACCCAGGGAACUGGCGACCUAAGGCGUUCGUAUAAUCGCGCUCGUGCCGCAUUGCGCAAUGACGUGAAGGUUAUCUACAUCAAGGUUGCAUUCUACGUGCUGCUGUACUACGGCUUUGUCGUGGGCGUUCGUAUCGUGACCAACUUUGCGUUUCCGGAAUGCAUCAACCCUGUGACAUGCGUCGAUCUGGAUACGGAGCUAGCUGUCAGCAUGAGACCCGAACUCGACCCCUGCGAAAAUUUUUACGAUUUCGUCUGUGGCCAUUGGAAAGCAAACUACCCACGAAGUCCCAACCAGUUCGAUCUUUUACAGAAGCGACUAGACACCCUUCUCUUAGAGGACAUUUCAAAGAACUUAGAUCCUGACUCGGUGAUCGGAAAGAUGGGUAUCGGACUCCAGAAAUGCAUGGACGUGGUCUUCAAGAAAGAGAAUAACAACGAUGUAUUGAGUAAGUUCUUUGAUAGCCACAAAAUGAAAUGGCCGACCCGUCAGACCAUGCCUCUGGAAGACCUGCUUGACUUGCUGGUGGGUUUGUCGCUGGAGGACUUCGUGGGCAUCUUUUUCCAACUAGACGAUGCCCCGUACUUAAGAACAGAUGACAGGUACGUAGUGAUGGUCGUAGCGGGCAACGCAGCACCAUAUCUGACUGCCAACCCCAUCGGCAUUAUGUCUAGGUGCAUGAAUUCCUUCCGUGAAACGUCACACAGAGUUGCCGAGAGGGUGGCCGAGAUAGAAAAAGAUUUUAUCGCUAUAUCAUGGACGCACCGUCCGUACGACGAUAUUCCCCAUUUCGAUACGUACGCGACAUUGGACAAGAUCACCGGUCCUCGUCUGAAUGGGUCCGCGUGGUUGAAAGCUAUUAACAGUCGCCUUCCAAGAGGUACUGCUUUUACCAGAGACGACGAGCUGUUCUUCAAGGACAGAUACGCUCUGACUGCCUUCAAGGACAUGGUCGCGAAAUACGACGUGUCCGACCUUUUGCUGUUCAUCGGGUGGAGAAUUGUAUUCUUUCUGUCAUCUGCCGUGUCCUACAACCUAGUCUCAUGCCAGUUGGGGAAUGCGCAUUGGCGCUUUUAUUUUGUCAGGAGCUUUGGUCGCUGCAAGUGGUUCCUCAAGGUUGUGGCACCCUACGCCAUAUUGCACUUAGAACUGGACAGUGUCGUGCAGUCGCCUGCGCUUGCGUACGUAGAUGACCUGGCUGGAAGUCUACGUACCACAUACGAAACCGCCUUCAACCAUUCCUGGAUGGAUGAAACCAGCUCACGUGGUGCAGUUACUCGGCUGAGAGCCAUCAAGCAAGUAGUCGGAUGGCCGGAACAUUUGCGAACUGGCAGGGACCUUGAAAAAUAUUACUCCCACGUCCCGCGCUUUCAUGACCGCCCGUUCAUCGAGUCCCUGUUAGACUCCUACAGGGCCAAAACUAUAGUGGCCCGAAAACUCUUUGCCCUCGGCUCGUCUAUGAUUCGCCGCGAGGAGGACUAUGAACUUUCGCAGUUGACCGCGAACGCCGUCUACGUCAGCGUCUUCCACUUGAUCGUGAUUCCAGCAUCGAUCCUCCUGCCACCUUUCUUACAAGUGGGUGAGGCAGACGCUCUCAAUUUCGGUUCUCUGGGCAAAAUCCUGGGCCAUGAAUUCAUGCACGCCUUCGACCCCAACUGGGCCCGUGUCAGCAAAAGCGGUGACAUUCUUCGCUGGUACACCGAUGCGACGAGAGACGAGUACGUGAAGCGCGUCAACUGCAUCGUGAACCAAGUGAAUAAAGCAACCGGGAGCAAGACCCUGGGCCAGAAUUCUGUGGACGAGAGCUUCGCCGAUGUUGUUGGAAGCCACGCGGCAUACCUGGCCUACAAGAUGGCAGUGAAACACCCGGAGCAGAGCAAGAUCGCAGGGAUUUCGCACGACGAGGCCUUCUUUGCCAGCGGGUGCCUGCUUCUCUGCAGCGACAACAAGACUUACUACAGCUUGGGUGAAGGGUAUCCGCCUACCGAAGUACGCUGCCACGUUCCGUUCAUGAACAUGAAAGAGUUCGCUCAAGUGUUUAAUUGUCCACGAGGCAGCCCUAUGCGAAUACAGAACCGUUGCGUAUUAUUGACCGCUACGUGAAUGAACUCGAGCGCUCAGACGCCAUAAGGAGCAUUUGGACGCCAUCGUUGGUGUCGAGAACAAAUGCGAA